CUGAUGAGGACCAGACAGACACAGAACCCGGGGUGAAUGACAGAUCCAGUUUUAGGAUAUGAAAUCAGUCUUCUGCCGACAUACUACUGCCUGCGUCAUGUGGAUACAGUGUAAUCUAGUUUACUAGCUUCUUUAUCAUUCUCAGCGUAAUUACCGGACAAACAGGAAACGAUUACGCGAUUCGCAUCUGUACGUCCAAUAUAAACAUCAGCACAGCGUCAUCAUACAGUGUUACAGUCGCAUCUGUGGUGGACGAAAGCCUUUUUGUUGAUGCAUUUUGUUUGAUUUUUGUUAUUUAUUUUAAACAGUCUGCAUUGCGAUCUAAAGGCUACUCCAGCUGUGUAGAAAACAUGGACAGCUAUGAGGAUUUCUGCACACGCAUUCUGUCUAAACUGCAGUCGGAAAUGAUGCAUGAGAAGAGCUGCAGUACCGCACCUGCUCGAGGGGUGGCGCACUCGCUCAUCUGCUUUUAUGGCAGGCCGGUUUUGUCUCCAGUUCUAAAUGAGAAGCAAAGAAGGGAGAUGGUUGAAUACAGGAAAAGAGCUUCACAAAUGGAGGCCGAGAGACAGAUUCAUUAUAACAAAAACCUCCUCAAUCAGAUUCAGACCAUUCUUUGGACCAACAAGGCACCAAAAAUAUUGGACGUGCCAAAGCCUUCAGAGCAGAGCCUGUCUCCUUCUCCAUCUCCAAAAACAGACUACAGGAAUGGUUUUACAGUACCUGAUCCUACCGGGGCCACAGAGCCGUAUAUUUUGUCUACUAAGCAACCAGUGACCCCAUCAGCUGAGCUGACUGGGGUUAUGACAAGAAAAUGUGAAGAAGAAAAACAAAUGCAAGAGGAAAUUGAAACAGAAGGAGUCUGUCUGCAGAACCUGCUAAAGAAAUCACGUGAAUUUAUUGAAAAAGAGCAAGGUAAACAGGGGUCAAAGGUCAACAAAAUGGUUGAUCCAAGCAGGAUACUUUCUGAAAGCCCGUCGGAUAAAGAAAACGGGAGUCCUUUGGAUGGGACUCCAUCUGGUUUACCCUUUUAUAUUCCUUCACCAAACCAAACCUCUCCCAGUAACCUGAUAAGCCCAGAAUCUGGUCUAAAUGGCAGUUUAAGUGCCAGACCCCAUCGGGGACGUCCUCGUCCCAUUUCUGCUGGCAGCAUCUUCUUUUCUUUCCCUGAAAACCCCAAUCAACCGAACAUUACAGCUCAUGCAAGGCCACAGGAAAUAAAAACAUUUGCAACACAGGAAAGAAAGCUACUUGGAGUGGAAAAUGUGAGUAUGGGCCGAUACGAUGAUCUCUCCAGGUUGAACGAGACCGUGGGACGAUUAGAAACAUCUCCAGUGGAUCCUGAGCUCACAAGCCCUCUGUUUCGAAGGAGAUGUCACACGCUGGAUAGCCAUCUGUCCUCACGUCAUCAGAGUCCGGUCAUAGACAGGAGCCAGGAGAGAAUGCCUCGCUUUAUGGCCGGGGUCACUGCGAGAACGCCCACUCGACUGUCUCCACCUUCACCCAUGAACAAGACUUUCACACGGGACAGUCCCGUAGCAGCAUUUAUGGGGUCUGGAAUCAGCCCAGACUCUCCUUCUCGUGCCAAACUACCUUUUGAGACAGACAGAAACAGUGUUAUUAGCACAGCGCUGAAAGAAAGGAGAACAGAUGAGAUGCAAUGGCAAGUCCACGCUCUAGAAGACAUGCAGAGGUCUUUGGAGGACGAUUAUGCUUUCCGGAUGUCGUGUCUGAUGGCAGAACAAGAGAGAGAACAACUGCUCUUCAGUCAGGAGUCGGAGGAGCGGGUCUGGAGACUGAGGAGUCAGGGUGGUCUGAGUCCCGUAGCGGGUGAGGAUGGGUGUGAAAUAAGGGCGGCUGGUGAACGUUACCCAAUAUUGAGUCCCAUGUGCCCUUUAAGCCCAGGAGACAGAUCACCAAGACACCCUGUGCCAACCAUUGGUUUCCCUUCAAACAGUUUAGAUGUGGGAUCAACUUCGAUACAGACGCCCAUUUAUAUGAGAGGCCUAAAUCACAGCACUGGAAAGAGAAACAGGCCGAGCCAGGUUGUAACAGCGGAGCAGCAGAGGGCGCUGUGUCACCUCACUGCAAUCGUGAAGGGCUUCCUAAUCAGGCGACUGCUGAAAACAGAGAAAGUCAAACACCUGCGUCAAACCAUACAAGACACACAAGAGUUUAUUCGUUCAUUCAGGACUGACGCUCCUCAGAGAAACGACCCCUUGUCAGAGCAAGAUCUGUCUUUGCAAGAGCGUGUCAGAGCUCAGUUACGUGCGGCCUUAUUUGACAUACAUGAUAUCUUCUUCACAAUGACACUAGAGGAGCGCCUGUCACUGCUUCAACAAGACAGAGAGCUGCGCACAGAGAGAAAACUCAGAGAGAUGGAAAAAGCAAAAAGCCCCAAGGACAAGGUGAUUUUAUCCGCUGCUACCCAGAAAUCUCUUGAUAGAAAGAAAAGAGUUGGUGAAUCUCCAGGUCAGACCAGAAGAGCUCAGAAAACCAAGAGUCCUCCUACAAAAAGGAUCCUGCAGCCCAGUCAGGGCCAGAACGCUCCCGUUUCAGGCCAGCAGCUCCUGCGCCGUGGGAGUUACAAGAAGACUCCAGAAGAGAGACUUCUGCAUUCUGAGAGGCUGAAGAAACAGCAUUCACUCGGUUGAACUCAUAUACAGUUAUCAACUGAAUAUGAAAAAUAAUAUUGCGCUAAUCAUACUUCUAAAAAUACUCCCCUGCUAGCCAUCUCAUUGAAUUAUGACUAUGAAAUGUCACUGAUAUCUAGUUCCUCCCAUUAUUCUAUUACAUACUGCAUAUGUGAAUAUAGAAUUAGUCCAGAUAUUAAGAAUUACAGUAUUAUAGCUAAACAUAAUUCACAUAAAUGACCCUUCUAGAAAAUAUUAUAAAUUAUGUAAAAGUGGGAUUACUUGUUUUCCAAAUAAUAGAAGCUUGUACUAAGUUUAUGCUGUUUAAUGCUAUAAAUUCAUAUUAGGGUUCGACCGGUAUGUUUUUAGAGCCGAUACCGAUAACCGAUAUUUUGAACUGAUAUAUAUAUUUCUGAGCUAAAAAUGAAAAUUAAUGUCAAAAUUAAGAACAACAAGGGCUCUGACAAAAAAAAAAACUUGCUUUAAAUGCUUUUACAUUCUUUUAUCGGCAAAUUGGUUUCUAAAGCAACCAAUACCGAUAACCAUAAAAAUGCUUAAUAUCGGCGCCGAUAAUCAGUCGUUUGACAUCAAAAUGUCAGUAAUAUUGACAGAAUAUCAACUGAAUUUGUGCUUUUAAUCAUAAUGCUUAACUUUACUACUUGUAACUAUAAUGAUAUCAGUUGUUUAUGAAUGUAUUUGCUCUUGCCUUGUAUAUUUAAGCACUUGACACAUUUGCGCUAAAAAUGUGAAAUAA